AUGAAGAUAGAUGCAGAGAUUGAAAUGACACAUCUACAAGCCAAGGAAUACCAAGGAUUGCUAGCUGCCACCAAAAGCUGGAAGAAGCAAGGAGGAUUCUUCCUAGAGCUGUUGGAAGGAACACAGCCCUGCUGCCAUCUUAGUUUCAGACUCCUGGCUUCCAGAAAUAGAAGCGAAUACCUUUCUGUUGUUUUAUGUGACCACGUUGGUCGUCCCUAUAUUAAGGCAGCCCUAGCUACAACAAAUAAGUCAUCUGUGGAAGGAAAGCAGAGCAGGCUCGCACCUCCUGUGGAAGCUAACACUUCUCGGUCUGUAUCUGUGGCUACAAAGGCUGUGCUCACUUGUCCUUCUGUCAGCUUAACAAAUGUGCUGAUAAUAAGGUGGGAAAUAAACCUCAGAGACAAGCCUUCCUGCAUUAGAGCCUACAGGAGAGAUAACAAUGAGACCAGUGAAAGAAACUGUACCGACGAGAGAAUAUCCUGGGAGUCCAGACCCGAUCAGAAUCCUGCCCUUCAGAUUGAUCCCGUGGCCACCACUCAUGAUGGAUAUUACAGGUGUGAAGUGGCCGCACCUGAUGGGAAUUUCGGUCUUGGCUAUCACCUCCAAGUGUUAGUGCCCCCCGAGGUGACCCUGUUUCGAGGCAGCAAUGGAACCCUCGUGUGCAGGGCAGCUGCAGGGAAGCCAGCUGCACAGAUCUCCUGGACCCCAGGGGGAGACUGUCACACUGCGGAACAACAGUUGGGCAAUGGCACAGUGACCGUCCUGAGUACAUGCCACUGGGAGGACCGCCAGGUGUCUAACGUGUCCUGCUCUGUCUCCCACGUGACCGGCAACAAGACUCUGUCCUUAGAGCUGAAUCCAGGUGACCAAUCACCACUGAAAUUAACUAUUUUAUCUAUCACCUCCUCUAUUUUGAUUACCUUGGUCAUUGUGGGAUUCACUGUGGGAUCCAUUUUGAAAAUCGAUUGCUGCAGCAAAUUAAAAAAAAUGGAAGCUCCUUCAGUUGUUGAGGAGGAGGAAAUGCAGCCUUAUGCCAGCUACACAGAAAAGAACAAUCCACUCUAUGACUGUGAGCAAGUGAAGAGGUUUCAGGUUUUACAAAGUGAAGUUGAUGGGUUGUGUCUCCAUGCUUCAUAA